UGGAGUUUAAAUAGUUAGCUUGAGCAAAACAAAAAAAAUGGUGGGAGAAACACCCGAGAACCCCUUUCGCUUUCCCAUGGGAAACCCCUAAAAAUAACCCGUUCUUCCCCUUCUCCUCCAUCUUCCUUAAGAUUUCUCCAAAAAUUUCUUUGAUUCUUAUCACCGUAUGAGUAGCUAAUCGAUUUAUCAUAGACCCUAGGGGCUAUUGUUCACUAAUUUAAGUUAGAUAUGGAUUCACAGUAAUAUAAAAUGAAGGCGGAGAAACUUAUGCUCCUCUGCAACAAAAUCUUUUCCAACCCUAUUUCAUCUUCAACACGCUUAAACUGGUGUAUACAGAGAUUUCUUUAAUGGCUACAUCAGGUAAUCAUUAACCUAUUAUUGGGACUUUACGUAUUCAGUUCACCCUAAUUGAUCUUAUUAAGAUUUGUUGCUUUUGUUUAAUCCAAUUUCUUAAUCUUAAUUUGACAAUUGGUAAUAUUUCUUCAAAUUUGUUUAUACCUGUUGUUCAAUUGCAGAACCUAGCUAAUCCCUUGACUAAUCCUAGGUUAAAUUUUCUUAGCUCAGCAAUCAUGAAUUCAUUGGGAAUCAAUUUUGUGAAUUUUUAUUCUGGUUUCCUUGCUCCUCAAACAAUCGCUUCCCUAUUUAAACUUUGUGGUUUGGGUUUUUGCUUACCCCAUGUUCUGUAUCUCAUGCUUGUUUUCUCUAAUAGCUCUUAUUUUCGUUUUAUCCCAUCUAAAGUUCUUUCUCAGUUCUCUGUGGCAUUUUUCUGUUUGGGUUUUCAUCUGUAUCAUCAUGUGUGCUUGGCAUGGUGAUGUGUCUCAACUUUCUGAUCAACUGCAUAACUCUCUAGUUUUAAACAGUGGUAAUGAUUUUGUUUUAAGUCAAAUAAUCCCUUACCAUUUUCAAACAAACAAGCGUCCGUGGACUAGUACUCUUCUUGGCAGAUUCAUAGCUCCAUUCCCAGCUAAUAGGGAAAACUUUGAUAUUAGACAAGCCCUCAUUUUCAUCUGGAAAAUACAAGGUGGCAUUUAUGUUAGAAGAACUAGUAAAAGCAGGUUUGCUAUGUUGCUUAUUCGUUUUGAAUUUGAGCAUGAGAUGAAUCGUGUUUCAUCGCUAGAUUCUAGGAGAGUUUUUGGGGAUCUUUUGUGUAUUAAAAAGCUUGAAAUUACAGAUGACAUUAAGCAUUGGUUCCCAACAAUGGAAAUGUUCUUUGUUUCCAUUCAUAACCUUUUUCCUGAGCAAGUUACUAGUGAGAACUUAAGAAGGUAGUUCUCUGUGAAUGGUCACAUCUCUUCAUUUGGCUAUCCUUUUCGCCACCAUGAUGUGAUUGUGCUAGAUUUGAACUAGCUCAUCAACAAGCUGAGAUUCAACAAGCAGAAGCUGAUGCAUUUAUGACAGCCUUGCAACAACAACAUGAAGCAAACAUUCAGUUUCAGGCAGAAAAUGCACCUAUCAAUAAGGAAUUUCAACCAGCUAUGGUGCAAGAGGGAAUGGAAUGGACUGAAGACUCACUAUCAACAUCUUCAAGUUCUCUUGUUUCAGAAGUGACUUUCACUGAUCUUCAGAAUCAUCUAGAAGAAGAGUUAGCAAGUAAAGAAGACAUAUCUUCUCCACAGGUCCUACCUCAGCAUGAGCCACACAUGAUUGGUUACCUAGCUCCUCCUUACAUGCCAAGUUAUGCCAUUUCAGAAGACAUUAGAACAAAUUUGGCCAAGGGUGAUGCCUCUACUUCCCAGCAACAAGUCUCUCCUUCUGAGCACAACUAUUGGAAUAAUUGGAACAAUAUGGAGAACUACUUUCAAGGAGACCUUUCACUACCUAACCCAAAAAGACAGAGAAGUAAUGAAGUGGAAUCUUUGACUGAGCCUGCUGAAGCUAGAGAUAUAAUAAUGAUUGAACCAACAAUCAAUCUUCAAGAACACCCUCAUCAAUGGUUCUCUGUAAAAUCCAGUUCAGCUGAAAUGCAAGGAAAAGAAAAUGGUGCACACUCCAACAGUUGAAGGAAGAAUCCAUAUCAAAACCUUUAGUGACAGGAAAUCCCAGGGCCUAUGUGUUUAUCUUUUUUGCUUGAUUUAGUGUGUUUCCUGCGCUCAAAUUUGUUGUCUUAAUUUGUAUUUAUCUUUUCUUUAGUUUAUAUUUAGGUUGUAUUUCCUUCUUUAGCUCUGUAAUAUAGUUUUCCUUUAGUUGUAAUUCCAUUUAAGUUCUGUAAUAUAGUUUUCUGAUUUCCUAGUUUUCUUUC